UAUAAGCUCUAUAAUUUUAUAGACUAUAUAAGUAUUAAAUUAGAAAAUAUACUAGUCAUUAAUAAAAAAUAAUGUAACAUAACGUUAACCAUUGAUAUACAUAUAUAUAUAGACAAUUAAAUUUCUGUGAAAAUAGUACGACAUGAACAUAAUAAUCGAGAUCAUGAAUUGGCGUAUAAUUUUGUUAGGUAUACUGAUUUUUAAAAGAGGAAUUUGUUAUGAAAAGUGUAAGCCAAAUAUAGCAAUUAUUGGAGGUGGUAUUGGUGGCGCAGCAAGUUCUCAUUUUCUUACAGAACUAUUUAAUAAUAAUCUUAAUAUCGAUUUAUACGAAGCAAAAAUUAUCGGUGGGCGUUUGGCCACUAUAAAAAUUGACGGUAAUGAAUUCGAAGCUGGAGGUUCAGUCAUACAUCCUCACAAUAAAUAUAUGCGAAAUUUUGUUGAAUUACUCGGUUUAGAACACAGACCAUCUAAAGGUAAAAGAACAAGUAUUUGGAAUGGCAAUGAAAUUAUAUUUGAAGAGAGUAACUGGAAGAUAUUAUCAUUUAUUAAAUUAAUUUACAGAUAUGGUGUUCAGCCAUUCAGUCUCAACAGAUACGUAACUUCUGUAAUAAAUAACUUUGAAAAAAUAUACCAUCUACAGGAUGAUGGAGAAGUUUUCAUGAAUAUCAGUAGUCUUUUGUUAUCUAUGAAUCCUGAAUUUCCAAAGUUGUUAGAGAAAUCUAUUAAAAGUGAAAUUUUGAAUCUGGGUUAUUCAGAAAAAAUAAUUAAUGAACUUGUGAAGACAACAUUAGUAGUAAAUUAUGGGCAGGAUACAAAUGUUCAUAGUUUUGUUGGUUUUGUGUCUUUAGCUGGAGCAGGUUUUAAUUUGUGGUCUGUAAAAGGGGGAAAUAAAAAGGUACCUGAACAUUUAAUAUAUAGAAAUAAACAAGUAAAUGUUGUGCCUUCACAUGUGACUAAAAUUGUUAACAUACUAAACAAUGGUACUCAAAAUUUAUAUGAAGUGCAUUAUCAUAAUCAAGACAGUACAAAUAUAAUGAAAGCAACAUAUGAUAUUGUAAUACUGGCAAUUCCACUUAUCCAUAAUCAAGAAUUUCCUAUAACUUUUGAAGGGUUUCCAAACAAUGAUUUUUUCAGUCCUGCGAAGUACCAUGAAACUAUAGCUACAUUCGUGAAAGCAGAUUUAAAACCACACUAUUUUGGCUUAGAGGCAGAAUUAGAUAAUAUUUUAAGCUGUGAUCCUAACAGAACGAUAAUUAGUUCUUUGGGAAGGUUAAAUUCUGUAGAAGGUUCAAUGAAGAAUAGUAAUGUUUGGAAAAUAUUUAGCAAUAAACCUUUAAAGUCAAAUACUAUAAAUGGAAUGUUUUCAAAUAUUCAAGAAAUAAAACAGAUUGCUUGGAAGGCAUAUCCUGAAUAUUCAACAAAAAUUCAUGAAGCAAAAUUUAAAUUGCAUAAUGCACUCUAUCAUGUUAAUGCUAUUGAAUGGAUAGCUAGUGCAAUGGAAAUGAGUGCAAUAGGUGGAAGAAAUGUUGCAUUAUUAGCACAUAGAGAUUUUUUUAGAAAGUCUUGUUUUGAAAAAACUAUAAAAACAAGUUCACUUAAAAAAAAAUUAUCCACUGAAUUGUAAUAUAAGAUUAGUAUAAAACAGAUAAUAUUAGUUUUAAUUUUAAAAAUUGUAAAAUGUGUAUAAUUUUUGUAAUAAAGCUAUCAUUUAAAUUAC